AACAGUUUAAUUGGAUAUACACGAAAACAAAGUUGUAAGAUUGAUUGGAUUUUGGUGUUAAAAAUGAUUCGGAUAAGUGUCGGGGAACAUGUAGUAAUAAUUAACGGUGCUUUUAAGGGAAUGGUAUGUAAACGUAUCUCUUCUACGGCGAGCUCGAAUUUUUAUAAUAAGAAGCUGUGGCGCUUAGGGCCGUCUGAAAGAUUCGUCCCGAUCACAGGUGUCCCCGGAUUCAAGGUCACCGCUGUUCAAUGACCAAGUCAAAAAACCACAGCACCACGAGUUCGAUCCAAGCUCAAAACUUUCUAUCAUUCCAUAAUAUUAUCUCUUAUAAGUAUUAAAACAAUAUGACUUCUCACAGUUUGUUUACAUUAUUUUCAAAAAUACUUAAAAGAUAACACUCCGCAAGUGCUAAGUCAUAAUUACAAACUACAUUCUUAUCUAUUCGUUGACUCUACAGUUUUACCCAUAUAAAUAUCGAAACUCCGUGUUUUCGAGAUCAAAUUUUAAUUCACAUUCGAUAAAAACGAAAUCGGGUUGUACUUAAAAUGAUUGUGUUUUUAAUUUGCGUGGUUAUAUUAACCCUAUUAAUAUACAAGUACUACCAAAAAUCAUUUCAAUAUUGGGAAAAAAAAGGAGUACCAACGAUAAAACCCAGCAUUCCAUUCGGAAAUUUAGGUUCAAUUUUUGGUGGACCUGGAUUUAUACUCCACAUGAAAGGUAUUUAUGAAGAAUUUAAAUCGCAAGGGGUCCAUUACGCUGGGUUAUACACGGGGGCAAAGCCGGCUUUAUUAGCAGUUCAUCCAGAAGCUGUUAAAACCGUAAUGAACAAAGAUUUCCAAAGUUUCCAUAGCCACGGUGUUGAAUACGAUGCAAAAGAGGAACCUUUACAAGCACAUUUAUUUAAUUUGGAUGGAAAACAAUGGAAAGAUAUGCGAGUUAAACUCACCCCAACGUUUACUUCGGGUAAAAUGAAGAUGAUGUUUCAAACUUUAUUGGAUUGCGGCCAACAGCUUGAAGAUUUCGUAGAGAAAUGUAACGAAAAAAAUGUGGCUUUAGAUAUAAAAGAGGUUAUCGCGUGUUUUACCACCGAUGUAAUUGGUUCUUGCGCUUUUGGUUUGGAAUGUAAUAGCUUUAAAAAUCCGGAUGCUCAAUUUAGAAAGUAUGGGAGAAAAGUUUUUACGCCUAGCUUAAGAUUUGUUUUUAGAAGACUUUUAUCGGCAGCUUCACCGCGGUUAAUGAAAUUGUUUAAAUUAAAAUUUAUUCAAGAAGAUGUAUCUGAAUUUUUUAUUGGGGUUAUAAGAGAUAUGUUGAAUUAUAGAAAAACCGAGAAGAUAACCCGCAACGAUUUCUUACAAAUCUUAAUAAAUAUGCAAGAAACGUUAAAAAGCGAAGGCAAAAAACCGUUUACUCUGGAAGAACUCGCCGCUCAAGCUUUCGUUUUUUUCAUCGCCGGUUUUGAAACGUCUUCGACUACCGUUACUUUUGCUCUAUACGAAUUGGUGCAUAAUCAAGAGGUGCAAGAUAAAUUACGCGAGGAAAUUCGGCGAAUUAUCAAAAAACACGAUGGUAAAAUCACUUACGAUGGUAUCAUGGAAAUGAAAUAUUUAGAUCAAGUUAUUAACGAAACUUUAAGGAAAUAUCCACCAGUUCAUUUCUUACCGAGGAAAUGUACCCAAAAUUAUAAACUUCCAAACGGUGCUGAAGUUGAGAAAGGUACAAAAGUGUUUAUAAGCGUUAUGGGGUUACAUAGAGAUGAGGAAUAUUUUCCUAAUCCCGAUAAAUUCGAUCCGGAUCGAUUUUCCGAUGAAAAUAAACACAACAUAGUUCCGUAUUCAUAUAUUCCUUUCGGUGAGGGACCAAGGAUUUGUAUCGGUCUGCGAUUUGGAGUAAUGCAAGCUAAAGUAGGAAUUUGUUUAUUAUUGAGGAAUUAUAAAUUAUAUCCGCAUCCCUCAGUAAAAUAUCCAAUUGAAUUCGAUAAUAAAUCCGCCGUUUUAGCCGGUAAAGACACUCUUUUAUUAAUGACAGAAAGAGUUUAAUUAUUAUUUUA